GUGAACGGCCGGCGGCCCUUUUCGCGUUAGAUUUAAGCCGAGACAGCGCAAAUUUGGUUUUGUAGGCGUCCGUCGUCUUUUUCGCGUCGUUGUCUAUCGAGAUCUCCUCGCCUCGGUAUCUCUCUUCCUCCGAUCCAUUCCAUGGCGGAGAACGCUGCGCCGCCGGCAAAGACGGAGGAAAAGCGGUCAUGGGCCGACGAAGAGUCGGACGAAGAGAAGGAAGCCGCCGCGCCGCCUUCGCAGGCCGCCGACGAAGCUCAACCCUCGGAGUUGAAGAAGAUCGAGUCGCUCUCCAUCUCCGACGGGAAGGACAGCGGUGAACGUCUGCUGGAUGAUCCCGACGAUUCGGAAAUUAAAGCGGUUACAUCCGGUGAUACUGUCUACACUUCUGCUGUGACGUUCGAAGACUUGAAAUUGUCGGAUGAGCUUAUCAAAGGGUUGUAUGUUGAGAUGGGUUUUAGUAAGCCUAGCAAAAUACAGGCUAUUACUCUACCUAUGAUUCUCACGCCUCCGUAUAAAGAUUUGGUAGCUCAAGCUCACAAUGGCUCAGGGAAGACCACAUGUUUUGUGCUUGGAAUGUUGAGUCGAGUCGAUCCAAAGAGGAAGAUACCACAAGCCAUCUGCAUCUGCCCUACUAGAGAGUUGGCUCAGCAGAAUCAUGCGGUCCUUCUGAAGAUGGGAAAGUAUACUGGCAUAACUUCAAUGUGUGCUAUUCCAUCUGAUUCUGCUAAUUAUAUUCCAAUAAAUAAACGUCCACCAGUAACUGAGCAAGUAGUGAUUGGCACUCCGGGAACCAUUAAGAAGUGGACUUCAGCAAAAAAAUUGAGCACAAGGGACAUGAAGAUACUUGUUUUUGAUGAGGCAGAUCAUAUGCUAGCCGAGGAUGGCUUUAGGGAUGAUUCUGAAAGGAUCAUGAAAGAGAUUCAAAGAAGCAGUGGUGGUUGCCAGGUGCUUCUUUUUUCUGCUACAUUCAAUGAAGCUGUCAAGGCAUUUGUAUCAAGGGUAAUCAAAGAUGGAAAUCAAAUAUUUGUGAAGAAAGAAGAACUCACGUUGGAAAAAGUAAAGCAAUAUAAGGUCCAAUGUCCAGAUGAACUUUCCAAAGUAGAAGUAAUAAAGGACAAAAUUUUUGAAUUUGGGCAAAAAGUAGGACAGACUAUAAUAUUUGUCCGUACAAGAAAUAGUGCUCGCAUGUUACACCAAUCGUUGACCGAAGAGGGCUAUGAAUGUACAUCAGUUCAAGGUGCUCUCAAGCAAGAAGACAGAGACCAAAUUAUAAAAGAAUUUAAAGAUGGAUUAACCAAAGUCCUCAUUACAACUGAUCUCCUUGCUCGAGGUUUUGAUCAAAGACAGGUUAAUUUGGUUAUCAACUAUGAUCUUCCUAUAAAGCAUGACAAUCCAUCAGAACCAGAUUGUGAACUAUAUCUACAUAGAGUUGGUAGAACUGGCCGCUUUGGUAGCAAAGGUGCUGUCUUCAACUUCUUGUGCACUGAUAGGGACAGAUCAGUCAUGGAGAAAAUCGAGCGUCAUUUCCAGCAUCAUAUUCCUGAGAUUCCUAACUGGAGGAGUGAGGAAGAUUUUGAGUCUGCUCUGAAAGAUGCUGGUUUGCUAUGAAACAAGUUUGCCGCCAUGUAUGUUAUUGAUAUGCUAGAUGCGUUGUGCUUUUGAUUAUAACAAGCAGAGGAUUUUGUACUUAUUUUGUUUUAAUUAUUUCUGGCGAGUGAUUUUCUAUUUGUUUAAUGGUGUAGCUAUUAGGAGAUACUGUUUAAUAGUUGAACGAUCAAAUUCUCAAGGUUUAUUUUUCACUCGUCAUAAUAAAUAUUAUGUGAAAA